AUGGAGUUCGAGGUCGCACCUGCGUCCGACGAUGACGUACGCCAGAUCAUUCACAUCAUGUUCAAAGCGUACGGAGGAAAGAACGAGUACAUCAACGCUGUUUUCCCUCGUGGGCUGACCCCUGAAGGAGAAGAUUUGACCGCACAGCGGCUUUUGUUCAUCAAAAACAUCGCACCUGGUAUCAAAUGGGAGAAAGUCACCGACUCUGCCAAUGGAACCAUAGUUGGAGGUGCAAUGUGGGCACUCCACGAAGAUGCAAAGCCCCAAAGAUUUCCCUUGGAUGGGCCACCAGGAACAUGGGAAAGUGACGCAGAGAAAGAAUAUGCUCAAGCCCUUUUCAAUUCUUUGGGGGUUGACGAACACAAGUAUUACGAAGAGAAUGAAUUGCCGUUCAUGAUUAUGUUUUACGUGGCUGAUGACUUUUAG